UGACCCCGGAAGUUCGGGCGUGCGCAGAGCCGGGUGCGCUUUGCGACAGAGCCGUAAAGGCGCGCGGGAACAUGGGGCUGUACGCUGUUGCGGCAGGCGUGCUGGCAGGCGUGGAGAACCGCCAGGGCUCCAUCAAGGGGCUGGUGUACUCCAGCAACUUCCAGAACGUGAAGCAGCUGUACGCGCUGGUGUGCGAAACGCAGCGCUACUCCGCCGUGCUGGAUGCCGUAAUCGCCAGCGCCGGCCUCCUCCGUGCGGAGAAGAAGCUGCGGCCGCACCUGGCCAAGGUGCUAGUGUAUGAGUUGUUGUUGGGAAAGGGCUUUCGAGGUGGUGGGGGCCGAUGGAAGGCUCUAUUGGGCCGGCACCAGGCGAGGCUUAAGGCUGAGUUGGCUCGGCUUAAGGUUCAUCGGGGUGUGAGCCGGAAUGAGGACCUGUUGGAAGUGGGAUCCAGGCCUGGUCCAGUCUCCCAGCUGCCUCGAUUUGUGCGUGUGAAUACUCUCAAGACCUGCUCCGAUGAUGUAGUUGAUUAUUUCAAGAGACAAGGUUUCUCCUAUCAGGGUCGGGCUUCCAGCCUCGACGACUUACGAGCCCUCAAGGGGAAGCAUUUUCUCCUGGACCCCUUGAUGCCGGAGCUGCUGGUAUUUCCCGCCCAGACAGAUCUGCAUGAACACCCACUGUACCGGGCCGGACACCUCAUUCUGCAGGACAGGGCAAGCUGUCUCCCAGCCAUGCUGCUGAACCCUCCGCCAGGCUCCCAUGUCAUUGAUGCCUGUGCCGCCCCAGGCAAUAAGACCAGUCACUUGGCUGCUUUUCUGAAGAACCAAGGGAAGAUCUUUGCCUUUGACCUGGAUGCCAAGCGGCUGGCAUCAAUGGCCACGCUGCUGGCCCGGGCUGGCAUCUCCUGCUGUGAGCUGGCUGAGGAGGACUUCCUGGCGGUCUCCCCCUCAGACCCACGCUACCGUGAGGUCCACUAUAUCCUGCUGGAUCCUUCCUGCAGUGGCUCAGGUAUGCCGAGCAGACAGCUGGAGGAGCCCGGGGCAGGCACACCUAGCCCGGCGCGUCUGCAUGCCCUGGCGGGGUUCCAGCAGCGAGCCCUGUGCCACGCGCUCACUUUCCCUUCCCUGAAGCGGCUCGUCUACUCCACGUGCUCCCUCUGCCAGGAGGAGAAUGAAGACGUGGUGCGAGAUGCACUGCAGCAGAACCCUGGUGCCUUCAGGCUAGCUCCUGCCCUGCCUGCCUGGCCCCACCGAGGCCUGAGCACGUUCCCUGGUGCCGAGCACUGCCUCCGGGCCUCCCCUGAGACCACGCUCAGCGGUGGCUUCUUCAUAGCCGUAAUUGAACGGGUCGAGGCACCGAGUUCAGCCUCACAGGCCAAAGCAUCAGCACCAGAAUGCACACCCAGCCCAGCCCCAAAGAGAAAGAAGAGACAGCAAAAAGCCGGAGCCGGUGCUUGCACGCCACCUUGCACAUAGCAGCGGCUUCGGGCUGACUCCUUCCUGGUAGGAAAGGAAGACGCCUGUCCUCUCCGUGGAGGACCCUGGGCCCUCACCGCAUGCAGCAAUUUGGGUUUUGAAAGGUUUUUGGGUCCUUUCCUUGGGCUGUGUUCUUGCUGGUGAGAAAAGUGCCUGCAGAAAUAAAAUAAAAUGCAGAACGUACUCUA